AAAAAAAAAAAUUCUUAAAAAGAAAAACAAAAAUUUUAAUUUCUUAUAAUCAAACAAUUAUAUUAAACAUUCAUCCCUGUCCUCUCAAAAAUUAAAAAUAUUCUCUGCACAGACAAGCUCUCUCUCAGUUGCAAUUAAUUGUUUUUUUUCCCUUAUAAAAUAAAUUUCCAAUAUUCCUUUCUGUUUACCCUGGCUUUCUCAUGAACCAAACACCCCAUCUUUCUCUCUCUCGCUGCGUGCAUUCUUGGGUUCCUUUACAGCGAGGAAAUUCUGAAUUCGCUGUUUGGCUCUUCACUUCUUUUCCCUUCUAAAUACCGUUUUUAUUUGAAGCCUCCUUGGUUACCUCCUGUUUAUGCGUUUAUAUAAAUUUGCAUUUUAGUGGUUUCCUGCCGUGAAGGCUAAAUUAUGGAUAACGUUGAGGUUGAAGAGAACCUAUUUUCAAUUAGUGAUGCCAAGUUACAUGGAGAAAUGUGCAAGAAGCUUUCAGCAAUUUAUUGCAAAGUCUCAUCGAUAUUCCCUUCCUUGGAAGCAGCACGGCCUGCGAGCAAAUCUGGGAUUCAGGCUUUAUGCUCAUUGCAUAUAGCUCUAGAAAAGGCCAAAAAUGUUCUUCAACACUGUUCAACAUGCAGUAAACUUUACUUGGCUAUUACUGGAGAUUCCGUUCUUUUAAAAUUUCAGAGGGCAAAAUGUGCUCUUAUUGAUAGUCUUAAGCGCGUAGAAGAUAUGGUUCCUCAGUCCAUUGGAUGUCAGAUUUUAGAGAUUGUAAGUGAACUUGAGGGGACUGUUUUCUCACUUGAUCUGUUUGAGAAGCAAGUUGGUGAUGAAAUAAUUACAUUACUCCAGAAUGGGAGGAAAUUUGAAGAAUGUAAUGACACCAAUGAACUUGAGUCUUUCCACCAGGCUGCUUCUAGACUUGGCAUCAGUUCUUCUAGAGCAGCCCUAACUGAAAGAAGGGCUCUCAAGAAGGUGAUAGAAAGAGCCCGUAUGGAGGAGGAUAAGAGGAAGGAAUCUAUUGUGGCUUAUCUUUUACAUCUCAUGAGAAAAUACUCCAAGUUAUUUCGAAGUGAGGUUUCAGAUGAUGACUCACAGGGUUCAACACCUUGUUCCCCCACUGUUCUGGGUUCUCUUGAGGAUGGAGGGUCUGGAGGUAGUGGCUGUGCAUUUGAGUGGCAGCUAUCAAAGCUCAAUUCUUUCAAUUUCAAGCCAAAUAUUAGGAGAUCUGGGCAGAUACCCCUUCCACCCGAAGAAUUACGAUGUCCAAUAUCUUUGCAGCUUAUGUAUGAACCAGUUGUAAUUGCCUCUGGACAGACAUAUGAAAGGAUCUGCAUUGAGAAAUGGUUUAGUGAUGGGCAUGACACCUGUCCAAAGACUCAACAGAAGCUCCCACAUCUCUCUUUGACUCCUAAUUACUGUGUCAAGGGUCUCAUUGCUAGUUGGUGUGAACAGAACGGAGUUCCUAUCCCUGAUGCCCCCCAAGAGUCUCUUGAUCUUAACUACUGGAGAUUGGCCUUGUCUGCAUCUGAGACUGCAAAUUCUCGAUCAAUGGAUAACGUUGGUUCAUGUAACUUCAAGGAGGCUAAGGUGGUUUCUUUGGAGAAGAGUGGUACCAUUAAGGAAGUGGAAGUAAAUGAAUCUGAAAAUGAAUCUCAAUGUCCACAGGAGGAAGUUUCUGAGAUCAAUGUGUUAGAAAGAUAUCAGGAAUUCCUAUCUGUCCUAAAUGAAGAAGAGAACUUGAUGGAAAGUUGCAAAGUCGUGGAACAAAUAAGGCUUUUGCUGAAAGAUGAUGAGGAGGCCCGGAUUUUUAUGGGGGCUAAUGGCUUUGUUGAAGGACUAUUGCGAUUUCUCGAGUCGGCUGUGCGUGAAGGAAAUGCAAUGGCUCAGGAAAUUGGGGCAAUGGCUCUGUUUAACCUUGCUGUCAACAAUAACAGGAACAAGGAGUUGAUGUUAGCAGCUGGAGUGAUUCGAUUGCUGGAGAGUAUGAUUUCCAACUCCAAUGCCCAUGAAGCAGCAACUGCUCUAUAUCUUAAUCUCUCUUGCCUUGAGCAAGCCAAAUCUAUCAUAGGCUCAAGUAAGGCUGUCCUAUUUUUAGUCCAGCUACUAGGACAUGAAACUGACGCACAAUGCAAGCUUGAUGCCCUUCACACUCUUUAUAAUCUUUCUACUGAUCACUCCAAUAUUCUGAACCUUCUUUCUGCUGGCAUAGUCAAUCACCUCCAGUCGCUUGUGGUCUCGGGUGACCAUACCUGGACAGAGAAAUCCAUUACAGUUUUGAUAAAUUUAACUUCAAGUGAAACAGCAAAAGAAGAGAUGGUAUCAGCCUCUGAUCUCAUAACUGGUCUGGCAUCAGUUUUGGAUGCUGGCAAACCAAUUGAACAAGAGCAAGCUGUUUCUUGCCUUUUACUCCUUUGUAACGGAAAUGAGAAAUGUAGUCAAAUAGUCCUACAAGAAGGUGUGAUUCCUGCAUUGGUCUCAAUGUCAGUCAAUGGGACAACAAGAGGGAGGGAGAUGUCACAAAGACUUCUGAUGCUCUUCCGGGAGCAACGCCAACGAGAUCAUCCGCCUGCAAACGUAAACCAAAUAGUAUUAGAAAGUAGUCAAGACCCUACACCUGCAUUGGCCUCAGCUCCAGAAUCCAAACCACUAUGUAAAUCUAUAUCAAGAAGAAAAGGGGGGAAAGCCUUGAGAUUGGGCUUUCUAUGGAAGAUCAAGAACUACAUCGUUUACCAGCGUUGAGACGCGUGGGAAGGUAUUGUAAAUUUCUCAUGUAUCUUCUUUUUCUCAUGUCCUGUUCCAAUGGACACUAUUCUUUUUGGUCAUCAUAGAGAAGCAAAAAUGUACAGCCCCUUUGUAUUCUAUGGAUUUUUGUUCUGGAUUGUAAUACAUGUAUAGUAUAUGUCACUACCGAGGGUGUAUAUGAUAUACAUGUAUAAAUUCAUAAAAAAACCUUGUUUUUGGUUCAAACAUCAAUACUUGUAUUAUGAAAUAUAGUCUGUAAUGAACACCAAUGGUUCUGAGGUGCAUAUUUUA